AUGGUCGGUUACCCCUAUCUUGACUCAUGGGUGAUUCAAGGACAGCUUGGUGGAAUCGGGGCUCUCGCCAAAAUGCUCAUAGCUCCUGAACGGAACCAUUCAAAAAAUGGCACACGUCUAGCCGUAAUCGGGUGGGGUGCUGCAGGAUCCGUAUCUUUCUAUAUGCCAGAUGUCCUUCAACAAGUUGAAGUCUACACUAUUGACAAUGAGGAUCCCACAUGUGUACGUACGAUCAAUGACAUUGAAUUGCAAUUCUGUGCUGGAGUUAUGGAAGGUGGUAAAGAUGCCUGUCAAGGAGACUCAGGUGGACCCAUCUUUCAAUGGACAGGUCGCUACUGGGAACAAGUGGGUAUUGUUUCAUAUGGAAACGGCUGUGGAGAUCGUGGCUAUCCUGGCAUUUAUACUCGACUUUCAUAUUACUAUGACUGGAUAAAUGGCAUACUUAAAAAUGAAGGUGAACAUCUGGAACCAUCAAUCCUAACAACAGCGAACACUACUAGAACACCUACAACUACCACGAGUUCUACGCCGGUUGAAACAAUAACCUACCCAUGUGAACAAAAUGCUGAUCAAUGUGGUUGUUCAUUGAAUAAUGUAGUUUUGUCUCAACAAUUCCAAGCGAAAAUUGUUCACGGUCACAAUGCCGUUCCAUAUAGUUGGUCAAUGAUAGUUUCCGUGCGAGUGAAUGGUUUACAACAUACUUGUGCUGGUACUAUUUUAUCGGAUCUUUUCAUUCUAACUGCUGCUCGAUGUGUUUUGACUGUAUCAAGUCCCAAUUCGAUUCGUAUUAUUGCUGCCACUCAUACUCUAUCAGAAUAUCCGCCAGUUAUUCGAGAUGUCGAUCAAAUGCAUAUUCAUCCAAACUUUACAUAUGAAUAUGAUCGAUCGCUACAUGAUAUUGCCAUCUUGCAACUCGAUCGCCCUUUACCCUUAAAUAUACUGAUGAGAUUGACAAAGACAUGUAUUCCGAAUAUUUUAUCCUCGUUCACUCAAUAUCCAGAUGCUAAUUCUUCAUUGCUUAUCGUCGGAUGGGGAUAUUCGAGUUCAGGAAGCAAUUUCUCUGAUGUUCUACAACAAGCGCGUAUCAAACUGGUCAGCCCUCACCCUACGUCCUGUUAUCUAUACAGUGAUAAUUAUCAGUUUUGUGUUGGAGAUGUGACUGGUGGUACAGGUGAUUUAGGCAGUCCUGCUUUUAUUUUCAAACAAGAUCGUUGGGAGCAAGUGAGUACAUAA